CCCAGCUUUUCACUUUUUUCCAGUAUUCCCAGAACUCAUUACACAACUACGAAAUUAUAUUUCCCCACCGCGGCGAUUCCCCACGCGCCGAUCUCUCUGCCGCCGUUUAGUGCGACAAGCAAGCUCGUCCUUUCAAUUGAUUGGGCGCGAGACUUAUUUUUAAGAUGUGUGAUGUAGACCUAGUGGACAUUUCAGAUGACGAGGAUUCCUUUUUACUGGAAAAUGAUGCUGGAGUUAUACCCAAGGAUGAGAAUUUGGAUUAUGGUUUACCUUCAAUGCCCAGGGAGGACUAUGUGGCAAGCUCGUCUGGGACUAAUUUAAGAUCAUCCUUCAUUGGAAUGGGGUUUGCACCAGCUCUUGUCGACAAAGCAAUAAAGGAAAAGGGUGAAGAAAAUUCUGAACUGAUACUGGAAGCUCUUUUUGCAUAUUCGGCCCUUCCGAAACCAAAGAAUGAAGUUUUUGAUGAUAGCUUUUCCGGGGGACAGAAUGAUAGUUUAGCUGCAAACGGUCAUCCUGGAGAGGAUCUUCGCAAAUUGGGUUCAUCAGAUUCUCUUGUUAGAUUGUUUGGUGAAGACACGAAGGAGAAUGCCUAUGUUGGGACUGAUAUUCCUGUAAAAGUGGAAUUUGAUGUUGGCGAUAGUGUCAUUGAAGAGAAAACGACAUCAUUGCUAAAAAUGAAUUUCUCUUUGGAUGAAGUUGGGUUUGCCAUGCAAAGACUUGGUAAAAAUGCUGCUAUUGGUAAACUAAUGGACUUCAUCUUUGCUGCUCGGAUGGCUAGAAAGUAUGAAAAAGAUACAAAUAAUCCAAUUCCUGGAGAUGAGGAAACUGAGGAUUGCAACAAUGAGCUGUUAUUUGGUAUCAUGGAGAAGUCACUCCAACUCCUUGAAAUGGGUUUUACUGAAAAUGAUAUUUCUGAAGCUUUUGAUAGAUGUGGUUCGGAAGCACCCGUGACACUACUUGCUGAAUCGAUUGUUACAGGUGGUACUUGCCCAUUACCCGAUAAGUAUAACCCAAGUGUCCAAAGGUCUUUGAAAAGAAAGAUGGAAGAGUGCGACUCGAUCUGCAUUAAAACUGAAGAAUGCAGUUCAGACACAGCGUCUCAAGUCAGGACUUCUGAAUUGCUCGAGAAAUUGAAAGGCAAGAAAUUAAAAGGCAAGAUGCCGGAAGUAGAGAUAGACGAUGAGCCAAACAAUUUCAAGAAACCAAAAGAAGAAUUCAUGGAAGACUCGGGAAGUGCUGUUGACCGGAUGUUGCUAGAAGCUGGUAUUGGAAAAAGCGCUUCAGUCAACAAUCUGGCACCUGUCCCACCGAGACGAGCUGGCCGUUUCCCUAGUUUUGUUGAAGAUAGGAAGCCCCCCAUAUCCUCACUCAACCCUUGCCGGAGUCUUACUAGGGUGGUGGCUAAGCCCCCAUAUUUCCUUUAUGGGAAUGUCACGAGCCUGUCUCGCGACUCUUGGGGCAAGAUAACGCAGUUCUUAUACUCAGUUCAGCCGGAGUUUGUGGAUUCUCAACUCUUCUCAGCAUUGAACAGAAAGGAAGGCUAUGUUCAUAACCUCCCGACUGAAGAUCGAUUCCACAUUAUGCCUAGGGGACCGACUACUCUCGCCGAAGCCAUCCCAUAUGCGAAAAAAUGGUGGCCAUCGUGGGAUACUCGGAAGCAACUAAGCGAAAUCAGCUGUGAAUCGACUGGAUUACCCUAUCUAUGUGAGAAACUGGGAAGAACGCUGUUCGAUUGCAACGGCCCUCCUUCUGCAGACUUGCAAACGAAGAUUCUCCAACAAUGCCAGGCCAAGAAUCUUGUUUGGGUAGGCAAGAACAGGCUAUCUCCACUCGAACCGGAACAUCUUGAGCAGAUUAUGGGGUAUCCGCAGCAUCACACCCGAAUCGCUGGAUAUACCCCCGCGGAGAGGCUGCAGUCGCUCAAGCUCUCGUUCCAGACAGACACGUUGGGGUACCAUCUCUCGGUGCUGAAGCGGAUGUGUCCAGGCGGGGUGACAGUGCUGUCAUUCUUCAGUGGCAUCGGUGGAGCCGAGGUGGCACUGCACCGGCUGGGGAUUCGCCUGAAGGGCGUAGUCUCGGUGGAGGCGUGCGAGACGAAGCGGAGGAUGGUGAAGAAGUGGUGGGAGAAUUCAGCUCAGAGUGGGGAGCUUAUUCAGCUGGAGAGCAUCGACAAGUUGUCAAGCAGAAAGUUUGAAGAAGUGAUGAAGAAUAUGAAGGGAUUUGAUUUGGUUGUGUGCCAGAAUCCAUAUUCAGGUGCAGAUAGUGACAGCUUGAGUGGUAUGGAUUUCUCAAUGUUUGCGGAAUUUGUAAGGAUUUUGCAGCGUGUGAGGUCGACAAUGGAUAGAUAUAGGUGAAGUUGUUUAUGCUGAUGAAAUUGUAUCUUCCAGACGACAUUCUCAAUUUGCAAUUAAUUUGACUCAGAAGAGCAAAUGAAUGGUAGUUUAAGAAACAUGAUUAAGGAUUAUUAUUAGCAUUAUUAUUUAUCCUCUGUAA